AUGCAGCUGAGUAGAGACAUCCUUCAGUUCAACCUGAUCAAACUGUCAUCUCUCUACAGCUUGACUAGAUCUGUGUGGGCUGAGAACAGAUGUUCGACAGUGCCAACCACUAGAAUAUGUUUACCUUCAUAUGUCUCUCUGUGGUCUGGGACUAAUGCCUUCCUCCUCUGUCCUCAGUUAAUUCCCCAAUUUUUCUUCCUGAGUCUGGGCAUCACAGGGGCCACCUUCUAUCUGAUCCGCCUGGCAAGAGGACCUCAUGUCACCCUAUGGGACAAGAAAAACAACCCAGAGCCCUGGAACAGACUCGACCCAACCUACCAGUACAAGUUUGUGGCUGUCAACACGGACUACAAGAACCUGAAGAAAGAUGGCCCUGACUUCUAAAGGUCCUCCAGGCAACUCCAGGGGCACCAAGUUUGGCAGGACCUCCUGCUGUCGCCUCAGUGAUGUGAAACGUCAUCCUGAACAUUUCCUCAGUCUC